AUGCUCACUAGCUCCAUGAUGCUUUUUCAAGCCAACUUUGUGAAUCAUCAUUCAAGAAAACUUCUACUUGACGCUCCUAUGUACUUACAUGCGUCAACAACGAUGAGAACAGCAGUGGAGGCAAUAGCAGCUUCACCAACAGCAAGUACAGAUACGGCAAACAAAAGCUUUGAUGCAAAUGUGGUGAUGGUACUAUCAGUGCUUCUCUGUGCUCUCAUUUGUUCCUUAGGGUUGAACUCCAUAAUCAGGUGUGUAUUAAGAUGCUCGAAUUUAGUUCACUCUGAGUCAAUUACUAGCCAGGAAAGCACGCCAGUUAGGUUAGCCAACACUGGGAUUAAGAAAAAGGCAUUGAAGACUUUCCCAGUUGUUAGCUAUUGGGAAGGGCUGAAAUUACCUGGAUUAGGCAAAGAAUGCGUGAUAUGCUUAAGUGAGUUCAUCGUAGAAGAACAAGUCAAAAUUCUGCCAAAAUGCAACCAUGGAUUCCAUAUUCGAUGCAUCGAUAAGUGGUUGAGUUCACACUCCUCCUGCCCAACCUGUAGGCACUCCCUCAUAGAAACAUGCCAGAAGAUAUUGUCAGGUGGGGCAUGUAACAGUACAACACCAUUUCAAGGACAAAAUCCAAGUGGUGUCAAUAUUAUAAGCAUCGUGCCUUUACAACCUGAGCGUUUUGUACGAAGCUAUGAAAUGUAG